AACCGUUGAUCUAAAAAUUAGCAUAUCAGAUCAUCUUCCCCAGUCACACACAAACAGCUCAACCUCGGACCAAGAUUUACAUUAGAUAGAUACAUCAUUCAUACAUGGCUUGUUCCCGCAUUCACUUCAACCUUAAUCUCCCUUUCCCCUCCGAUGCGGCACCAAUUCCGUACACAUGUCACUCUCCCUCUCGCCUCUCUCUUUCCCCUCUCUUCACAUUCACAACACCAAAGAUCGCUUAUUCCAGUGCUCCGCGGCGCACGUGUGGUGCGGUGUGCUGUCAGAUGACCAUGGAGGAGAAGCCUCUCUCUGAGAACCAAAUGCUCGUGUAUGUGCCUCCUCAUCCGUUGAUCAAGCACUGGGUUUCAGUUUUGAGGAAUGAGCAAACUCCUUGUCCCAUCUUCAGAAAUGCAAUGGCUGAGUUGGGAAGGCUACUAAUGUAUGAAGCUUCAAGAGAUUGGUUGCCAACUGUUUCUGGAGAGAUUCAAUCACCAAUGGGUGUAGCCUCUGUGGAACUCAUUGAUCCCAGGGAGCCUGUGGCUGUAAUUCCAAUCCUGAGAGCAGGCCUUGCUCUAGCUGAACAUGCAUCAUCGAUCUUGCCUGCAAUAAAAACAUAUCAUUUAGGAAUAAGCAGAGAUGAGGAAACUCUUCAGCCAACUAUAUAUUUGAACAAGUUACCCGAGAAAUUUCCAGAAGGAUCGAAAGUUUUUGUGGUUGAUCCUAUGCUGGCGACAGGUGGCACUAUAGUGGCAGCUGUGAGCCUCUUAAAGGAACGUGGAGUUGGCAACAAGCAGAUUAAAGUGAUAUCUGCUGUCUCUGCCCCUCCAGCUCUUCAAAAGCUGAGCGAACAGUUCCCUGGGCUUCAUGUGUAUACUGGAAUAAUUGACCCCGAAGUUAAUGAAAAAGGGUUCAUAAUUCCUGGCCUUGGAGAUGCUGGGGACCGCAGCUUUGGUACAGAUACAUGAAAAAUAUAUGAAAUACCUCAUCUCCUCUCCCUUGGGUGCCAUAUUUUUCAAUUUUUGAGGCCCAAAAUUUGUCUAUUUCUUCGGAUGGAUACUGAAGCCUUGAUCAGUGGCACCCUUUCGGGUUACAAUUACAUAGGUAUUGGUCAUUAUUAUUAUGAAUUACAUAGGUGUUAUAAGUUCAAACUCCUAACGUAAAACUGACUAGCAUGUCAAUUCAAAUUGUUUUUCUUUAUGGCUUAAAUAUAUUUUUAGUUCCUUAAA